AAGCAAACUUCCAUCAAGCCAAUGAAAACAGACGAGACACGAGAACUAAGGUCCUCAAAAGAGUCCUCUCCAGCGCUUCGGCAGCACCCAAUGGCGCUGAAUCCCCUGGAAGGUCUCAUGUCGGUGGCGGCAAACCACCAGCUGGUCUCCAGCUCCACAGCUGAGCCACAGAGGCAGCAGCAGCGUGGGCCUGGAGGCCCAGCAUCCCUGGGACACAGGCAGAGCACACGCAGCAGCCGGGAGCCCAGGAAGUGGGUGCCGUCUGUGUGUGGCUCCAGAUCUGGGUCUGGUUGUCAGUCUGCGGUCCAGUGCAGUAGGGGUCAGCACUCCCCAGAAAAUGCAGCGCGAGAGAGGAGCCGCGUACGCAACCUACGACAGGCCUUCCACAGCCUGCAGGCGGCUCUGCCCUCAGUCCCACCGGACACCAAGCUGUCCAAGCUGGAUGUUCUGGUUUUGGCGACGAACUACAUCGCUCACCUGACAGAGACACUGGACCAGGGAGCCACGCUGGCCGAGCACGCCCUGCCCUCCAGGCCAGGCGGAUACCUGCAUCCUGUGAAGAAGUGGCCCAUGCGUUCCCUGCUCUACUGCGGCAGCAUGGGAGAGCUGCUGUCGGGGGUCCAAGCCAGUCAGAUGCCUCCACCUGGACGGGACGUGAGCCACCCACUGAAUCCCACCUUGGAAGCAGACAAGGAGUGAUAGCGGAGCAUGGGGACUCUCCCUCCGGAACGAGAAGAAGCCUCUUUCCAAGUUACAUGGUGGCUGAUAUUUAACUUUAGCAAAGCUGAAAAAAUAUAGCCUGCUAAAGGCAAAGAUUUAAAUAUUUUGGAUAGAGAUCAAAAUGUAAAAGUUGUAGUUUUUGGAUUCUAAUAAUGGACAGCGGCCAUUAUUUUAAAUCUCUGGUUUUGAAUACGUGAUGAAAGUCAAGUUGCCUGGAUUGCUUUUUUUAAUGAGCUAAAAACAGCUUUUUUGUUUACUGUAACAAGUGUGUGGUGUGUAUCCGUGAAGGCCUUGCAAGUCAUAUUAUUUUCCAUCAGAGAACACGUAACACACACACAGGGACACAUGUGUAUCCACGAAGGCCUCGAAAGUCAUAUUAUUUUCCAUCAGAGAACACGUAACACACACAGGGACACAUGUUAAUGCACACAGCACAGAGAGGUUGAGAUUCCCUCCAGUUAAACAUAUUCUAUCACUAUCUGAGCUUCAGACAGGAACAGAUUUAAUGCGAGGAAAUUAAAAAGCUGCUUCACUUCACUAACAACGCCACAAAUCACCGUGCAGAGGAGCAGUGUGUAGCCGAUCGUCUUGAUUUACAGGUUGUUAUGUGUUUAGCUUUUUCAUAUUGUAAUUUUGUGUAAGGAAGUUAAAGGAAAUGUAAAAAUUGUAUUUUGUUGAGAUUCUAGGCCCUUUAAUGUUGAUGAUUGAAGCCUGUGUGUGCGUGUGCAUGUGCGUGUAUGUGGGAGUAAAAAGGAUGGACAGACAGAUGGGCAGUGAGGGAGGGAUUGUUGUGGGAACACAGCUGCUGUCUGAUCACUUCAUAUCUCUCCAGUAGUGACCACUUAGUUCUCAUUACA